AUGCAAAAAACAAUCAUGUUAAUCUUGGCCUGCUUACUUGCUUUGUAGGCCUUAGAAACUCAGUCAUUGGAUAAGGAUGAAGUUGACAUUGUAAAACUUAAUGCCCUUUUUGGUACUAAUUAUCAAGGAUAGAUGUAAGAUCAUUUAAUAGAUUCAUAGCUAUUCUGGUUAUCUUAGUGCAAAAAAUGAUGGAUCAGUCUAGUUUCAUUACCUUUUUUAUCCAGCUAUUGAUUCAGCUUCUGAAAAACCUUUAAUACUCUGGUUACUUGGAGGACCUGGAUGUUCAUCAAUGAUUGCAGCAUUUACAGAAAGUGGUCCUUAUACCUUCAUUUCAGAAUCUAUUGAAUUUGAAGAGAAUCCUCAUACUUGGACCACAUUUGUAAACUGAUAAAUUUAUGAUUUAGGCCAAUAUUCUUUACAUAGAAUCUCCAAUUUCUGUUGGAUAUUCUUAUGGUCCAGCUGGACCAUAAUCUGAUGAGUCAACUGCUGAAUAUAAUAUGCAUGCAUUAAUUGAGUUUUUUGUAAGAUUUCCAAACUUCAAAAAUUAAAAAUUCUAUAUUGGUGGUGAAUCAUAUGCUGGCAUUUAUGUACCAACCUUGACUCAAGAGAUUAUAAAAUAUAAUUAACAACCAGUUAAUCCAGAAGUCUUAAGAAUUAACAUUUAAGGAAUAAUAAUUGGAAAUGGUUGCACUGAUCCAAGUGAGUGUACUUUAUAAGGAUAUCUUUUUCCAAGACAUAGAUUAGAUUUUUAUGGAAGACAUGGUUUCAUUAGUGAAGAAACCUAUAAAAAAAUAAUUGAUCAUACAGAAGAAUGUUACGGAUCUACAACACCAUUUUGUCAAGCUUUAGCAUACGAGGCUUUAGCUUAAAUUACUGGACCUUAAUAUUCCUACAAUUUAAAUCAAUAUAAUGUUUAUUCCAAAUGUGUUAGUUACACUCCUGAAGGAAGUAAAAGAAUGAAAAGUCCACUUCGAGUUUCAGAUGAAGACAAAAAUGAUUCUGAUGUACCUCCAUGUGUGGAUGUCAAAGGUCUAUAUCAUUGGUUUUAGAAAGAGGAAGUUCGAACUGUAAGCAUUUAUUAACAUUAUUCUAGUUAUUGAAUAUAGAUACAAAAUCCCCUAAAUGGGUUGCUUGUUCAUUAAAUUUCCAAGAUUAUUAAAUAAAUCCAAAUGGAUCAUUAGAUAUUUACCCUACUAUCAUGAAAAAUAAUAUCAGAAUUCUUAUUCUAAGUGGAGAUGUAGAUGGAGUUGUUCCAAUUGCUGGCACUCUUUAUUGGAUUGAUAAACUUCAAUAACAGUUAUGUAAUUCAAUUAUUUAUCAAUAUAAGAGUUGAAUACAAUAAAACCAUGGAGACCCUGGUAUGUUCCUUCUUUAAGACAAUUUGAUUAAGUUUAAAAUGCUGGAAAUGUAUUUGAUAUUGAAGGUUUGACUUUUGUAAGCUUCAGAAAUGCAGGUCACGAAGUACCUGCUGAUCACAAAUUGGAAUCAAAAAUAGUCUUAGAGAAAUUUUUAAGAUAGGAAUAUUUAUGA